UAAAAUUUAAUCAAACUUUAAUAUUGCUACGUGAAAUUAUAUAUUUUUUUUAAAAACAUAGUAGUACUACUUAAAUUUCAGUUUCCAACUGUAAAUCAAACAAACCGGCAAUGAUUCUAAGGUCGUGUUUGGAAAAAGUUAGGCCUUUUCUGCAUUUCAAGAAUCCAUUGAACACCCAUUGUUGUUCUCAUUCAUUCGCCAUUGAUUUUGAAGAAGAAGCUCAAACAAGUUGUUCUGUAUCUUCAAAUUAUCUCUCUGCACACCAAGUGUUUGAUGAAAAGUCUCAGAGAGUUUCUUUGAACAAUCACUUGUUAUUUGAGUACUCCCGGAAUAGUUUCAAUGUAGAAGCUCUGAAUCUGUUUGUGGGUAUUCAUCGUAAUGGAUUUUUGAUUGAUGGGGCGAGUCUUUCUUGUAUAUUAAAGGUCUCUGCUUGUGUGUUUGAUUUGUUUUUUGGUAAACAGGUGCAUACUCUUUGUGUUAAAUCUGGUUACUUUGACCAUGUUAGUGUUGGGACUUCACUUGUUGACAUGUAUAUGAAAAUGGAGAAUGUUGAUGAUGGUCAGAAAUUUUUUGAUGAAAUGGAGGAUAACAAGAAUGUUGUGACUUGGACUUCAUUACUUUCGGGUUAUUCGUGUAAUAAGUUGGUUGAUAGAGCGUUACAAGUGUUUCGUGUAAUGUUAGUUGGAGGGGUUAAGCCUAAUGGGUUUACUUUCGCGACAGUUCUUGGAGUUUUGGCUGAUAAAUGUGUAGUUGAAGAAGGGAUUCAAGUGCAUAGUAUGGUUAUCAAGUGUGGUUUUGAGGCGAUAACGUCUGUUGGGAAUUCUUUGAUUAACAUGUAUUUGAAAUACGGGAUGGUUAGAGAGGCUACAACUGUAUUUGAGGUUAUGGGAGAUAGGAAUGAAGUAUCUUGGAAUGGUAUGAUAGCUGGUCUGGUGACUAAUGGGCUUUACUCCGAAGCACUUAAGUUGUUCCACAAGAUGAGACUUGCAGGUGUGGAUAUGACGCGAUCGAUUUAUGUUACAGCUGUUAAAUUAUGUACUAACCUUAAAGAAUUGGUUUUUGCAAGACAGCUUCAUGGUCGAGUUAUGAAGAACGGGUUCUAUUUUGACAAUAACAUCAGAACAGCGCUCAUGGUCUCUUAUACUAAGUCUGGAGAGAUGGAUGAUGCCUUCAAGUUAUUCUCUAUAAUGCAUAAAUUCAGGAAUGUGGUUUCUUGGACCGCAAUGAUUGGCGGGUAUAUGCAGAAUAAUAGACCAGAGCAAGCGGCGAAUCUCUUUUGCCAAAUGAAAAAGGAUGGGAUAAGGCCAAACGAUUUCACUUAUUCUACUAUUCUUGCAGCUCAUCCGUCUAUUUCGCUGUUCCAAGUACAUGCAGAAGUCAUCAAAACUGAGUACCAGAGCUCACCUACUGUCGGAACUGCAUUAUUAGACGCCUAUGUGAAAACAGGAGAUACUGAUGAGGCUGCGAAAGUUUUUGAAGAGAUUGAUGAGAAGGACAUUAUUACAUGGUCUGCUAUGUUAUCUGGUUAUGCGCAAAAAGGAGACAUUCAAGGUGCUGUCAGAGUCUUCCGACAAUUAGUCAAAGAUGGGGUCAGGCCAAAUGAGUUUACCUUCUCUAGUGUCAUCAAUGCGUGUGUUACUUCCAUUGCAUCAGUGGAGCAAGGAAAACAAUUUCACUGUAGCGCGAUCAAAUCAGGUCACAGUAAUGCCUUGUGUGUGAGCAGUGCCUUGGUAACUAUGUAUGCUAAGAGAGGAAACAUAGAAAGUGCUAAUGAGAUUUUCAAGAGACAACCAGAAAGAGACUUAGUAUCAUGGAACUCAAUGAUAUCAGGAUAUGCCCAACAUGGUUAUGGAAGAAAAGCUCUAAAGAUAUUCGAGGAAAUGCGGAAAAGGAAUUUAGAUAUGGACAAUAUAACGUUCAUAGGAGUUAUCUCUGCUUGUACUCAUGCUGGACUGCUAAAUGAAGGUCAAAAAUAUUUUGAGAUGAUGGUAAACGACUUUCAUAUUUCACCAAAAAUGGAGAUAUACUCUUGCAUGGUAGACUUGUAUAGCCGAGCUGGAAUGCUGGAUAAAGCCAUGUCUCUUAUCAAUAAAAUGCCAUUUCCUGCUGGUGCAAUUGUGUGGCGUACUCUUCUGGCAGCAAGUCGAGUUCAUCGCAAUGUAGAGCUGGGGAAAUUGGCGGCCGAGAAUCUCAUUUCUCUUCAGCCUCAGGACUCAGCUGCAUAUGUCCUCCUAUCCAAUCUCUAUGCUGCAACUGGAGAUUGGCAAGAAAGAGCGAAAGUAAGGAAACUAAUGGAUGUGAGAAAAGUAAAAAAGGAGAUUGGGUAUAGCUGGAUUGAGGUUAAGAAUAAGACCUACUCAUUCAUGGCUGGUGAUGUUUCACAUCCCCUAUCUGACAGUAUAUACAUGAAACUCGAAGAGUUACGUGGCCGAUUGAAGGAUGCAGGAUAUCAACCGGAUACAAAUUAUGUUCUUCAUGAUGUGGAAGAUGAACAUAAAGAAACCAUUCUUUCUCGGCACAGUGAAAGGUUAGCUAUUGCUUUUGGAUUGAUUGCCGCGCCUCCAGGAAUUCCCAUUCAGAUAGUGAAGAAUCUCAGAGUUUGUGGCGACUGUCACACUGUUAUUAAAUUAAUAUCAAAGAUAGAAGGAAGGCAAAUAGUCGUCAGGGAUUCAAAUAGAUUCCAUCACUUUAAAGGAGGUCUAUGUUCUUGCGGUGAUUAUUGGUGAAUUCAAGCUCUUCGAAUAGACAAAGAGAUAGCAGCAUAUCACAGUUGGUUCCUGUAUAAGCAAAGGCACCAUUAACUAAUGGAGCUUUAGCUGACAGGCCUAUACCCGAAGUUGCAUCAAUUAUCAGCCCCCAGAUAAUACUAUGACUCACGGUUAUUUUGUUCAUGGAUUCAAACUUUGAUACUGCACAGUCUAGAGGAAGAAACAGAGAAUUUUCCAACUUCACAUAUCUACAGAUUCAAGUAAUUUUACUUACGGACUGAGGGAUAGAAAUGGUGUCAUUUUGGCUGAUUUUUAAGAGCAGUUGAUCAAUCGCGAUCCGCCUUACAGAAAACAAUCAGAAACUCAGAAGAAUUAAUUUGAGUGGAGGUUUUCUUUCCUGCAGAUAAAGAAUGUCAGAGCCUCUUGUCGCUUACCGAGAAUCGAAGUAUGUCAUCAGGAUGUGGAAUUGUUCAGAGUCCAGGAAGGACCAUUCAGUAACGCCUUUUGACAACGGCUGACACUUCAGAGAUUUCUUGCUACCCCAUAAAUCUAUAUUCAGAUACAGGUUUAACCUCAUAUAUUGUAACUUCUUAUGCAUUGCUGCAAGUAGCAUCUGCCUAGUACAUAUUCGCCAAGCUUUUGCUUCUGCUGACUUGGCUGGCCUAUGCAUCAGACUUGAAAUCAAAGAGAGGCUGCACAUAUGUGCUAGAUUUUCCACAAAUAUGCAUCCGCGGUCAACCCUAGGUUCUUGAAAUUGUGAGGGGAGGCCUCUAGUAUGUCCAUGAUAUUCAGGUCAGCUUGCAUGCACCUCGACUAAUUCCACAGUGAUACUUGCUACUUUCAAACACUUGGGGAUUGAUUUGCAUUUAUGUAAAUAUCUGAAAUGAUUAGAUCAAUAUGAUUUGUUAUAAGAUAUACAUUUCUUCAUGUCAUUUAUACCAAUAACUAGUGUAUUGAUAACUGUUCUUGGAGUAGUUGGUCCUGCCCUUAGCCAAAGUACCUAUGAUUCCAUUUUUCAAGCAAUUUUGCUUAACUUGUUCUACAACAUCUGAUGACACCUUCAUGGGCACAUUCUUAUCUGGGGUACAUUCUUCUCUGGGGCGAUCUCGUUUAAUCGAAAUCAACUGACUCAUAAUAGUGAAAAUUGGCACACACGCGUCAGAUCCAUUCGAAGAUGAAGCUUGCACCAGUCAUGAACUUUGAGCACACUUUGAGUCAGUAACUUCAGAAGGUAAGUAGGAAUGCUCAUGAAAUGAUUACAAAGUAAUUGCAAUUAGUAUUUUAAAAGGAAAUACAACAAAAAUACUAGCAAAAUGUUCUGUCUUGACAUUGAUAAA